AUGGCUUCCCAAGUUGGACAGUACGACGGCCAAGGCGACGGUACCGGUGAGAAUCUGGUCAAUGGUUCGUCAUGGAGCCCAAAUUCCUGGACCUCAAAGCCUGCCAAGCAGCUUCCCGAAUACAACGAUCGAUCUCAUGUCGAACGCUCUCUCGCUAAACUUCAACGCUUACCACCGAUUGUCACUCCUACUGAGAUUGAGAAGUUGAAGGCCAGCUUACGCGAUUGUGCUGAGGGGAAAGCUUUCCUCCUUCAAGGCGGGGAUUGUGCUGAGUUGUUCGAUUAUUGCGAAGCUGAUGCAAUUGAGUCCAAGAUCAAGCUGCUUCUUCAAAUGAGCUUGGUGUUGAUCUGGGGUCUUAACAAGCCAGUCGUCCGUAUUGCCAGAAUGGCUGGUCAGUACGCCAAGCCCAGAUCCAGCCCAACCGAAGUCGUGGACGGAAAGACUGUUCCCUCUUUCAGAGGCGAUAUCUUGAAUGGAUAUCCACUCGAUGAGCGAGCUCUGGAUCCUGACCGGUUGACAAGUGCCUACUUCCAUUCUGCAGCCACUCUCAACUAUGUCCGAGCCUCGGUUUCUUCUGGUAUCGCUGAUCUCCAUCGUCCUUUGGAUUGGGGUCUUGGUCAUGUUCGUGAUCCGGAUCUUCAAACAAAAUACUCUGAGAUUGUCUCCUCGAUCACCGAGUCCCUGAAGUUCAUGAGAACCGUUGGCGCAGAUACAGCUGGUCAACUCCAAACUGUCGACCUCUACACAAGCCACGAAGGUCUCCUCCUUCAGUAUGAGCAAGCUCUCACUCGAUCACUCAAGAACCCAGCUCCCAAGCUCGCCUUUCCUGGCCAAGUCCCGCGGGUAGAGAAGCUGAAUUACAACACCUCCGCCCACUUCCUCUGGAUUGGUGAUCGCACAAGACAAAUUGAUGGCGCCCACGUUGAGUUCUUCAGAGGUAUUGCCAAUCCCAUUGGUAUCAAGAUUGGUCCCACCACCGAAGUCACUGACAUCCUUUCUCUCCUCCGUUGCCUUAAUCCUCAACAAGAAGUCGGAAAGAUCACCCUAAUCACUCGCAUGGGCGCAGGCAAAGUCCGAAAACUCCUGCCAGCCCACAUUGAAGCUGUCCAGAAGAGCGAGUACAAUGGCAAGGUCGUCUGGCAAUGCGAUCCCAUGCACGGUAACACUCGAAGCACUGCUACAGGCAUUAAGACCCGUCAAUUUGGAGACAUCCUGUCCGAAUUGCAACAAACUCUUGCUCUCCAUCGCGAACUUGGAAGCCAUCUCGGUGGUGUUCAUCUCGAGAUGACUGGCGAUGCUGUUACUGAGUGUACUGGCGGUAGCGAGAACCUGAUGGAUGAUGAUCUGUCACUCAACUACACUUCGUUUUGCGAUCCUCGUCUCAACGAGAAGCAGUCCCUCGAGUUGGCCUUCUUGAUCGCAGGAUUCUUCCGCAAUGAUUCCAAGACCUCUUAA